AUGGCCGUACGGACGCCACGCGGCGCCGCGCUCGUCGGGCGGCGCGUCAAGCGCAAGCGCGCGGGCCAUAUCGAGAUCGCCGGCGUCUCAUGUCCCCAUGUCGAGAUCGCCGGCGUCGUCGAGUGGUACGACGGCACGUUAGACGUGUACGGCCGCCCUCUCGGGUUCAAAGUGAGGUACGACAACGGCCUCGGCGAGAUCGUGCGCGGUGACACGCUGCGCGAGAGCGACGGAUUCAUCCUGGUGAACGACGCCGCGCCGCCUCGGCCGGCGCCCGCGGCGAGGAACGAAGAGAACGACGUCGUCAUCGAGCGACAGCUCGACGCGGAGGAAGCGCGGUUGGAGCGGCUGCGAGAGGCGAGGGAAGCGGGCGAGGAGAUCGACCUUCUCUCGGACGACGACGACGGCGAUGGCGAUGGCGACGCCGACGCCGACGCCGACGCGCCCGCGGGACGCACGAGGCAGGAAGUCGAGGCGGCCCUCCACGCCGUGCGGAAGCCAAACGGCGUUACUGUUGCCAGUUAUGCCAACGUUAAGGAUUACUUUACCAUGUCCGCGAAGAAGCUAGCCAUCGAGCGGAAAGAGUUCGUCACAAGGUUGACUGUAAGGGACCAGGUGCAGAUGCAGACGGGGAUGUGGAUGGUUUAUAAUCGCAGACUAGAAAUGAUCGAUAUGCUGACCCAGAUGAUUCCGCUGCGCGAGGAGCUGACCUCGAUCGAUGAUGCGGCGGCGCGAAAGCGAAAGCGAAAGCGGGCGCGAGCGGGGGGGGGCGCGCCUCGCGCGGCACGGCAAUCGCCCGCGCGUCCCGCGGGCGCCCGCGCUGGAACUGGACGAGCGGGCGCCCGCGCUGGAACUGGGUGCACCCCGACGCGAUGUCGAUACCGCGUCGCAUGUGAUAUCGCCGAUGCUAUGAAGAUGGUGGGUGGCUGGAAUUUGAAUAGUCACGGGAUGCCCGUGUCCACAAGUCACAAGAAGUUCGGGUCAAAUCUUCCAAAUAUGACCCUGAAGGAUAUGAAAAAAUGGCGCAAUAGAUUUGUGGUGCAAUCGCGGAUCUACCUUGAAGGUAUCUGCUCAGAGGAAUCGAAAGCCCGGAUCGACGUGUUAGACAGCCUGAUCACACUCCACGAGGAGAUGGAGUUAGUUCUGACGGAGGAUUUGACGCGAAGACCGAUCGACGUCACCGGCUGA